CCGCCAACCCCCUCCACCCUCCCUCUUCACCCUAACAGAAACAAAAGGCGACCUCUUCACCCUCUCUCCGCCCUCCGCCGCCCUCGUCCACUGCGUCUCCCAAGACCUCCACAUGGGCAAGGGCAUCGCCACCCACUUCAAACACCUCUUCGGUGGAGUCUCUGUUCUGAAAGCACAGAACCGUAAUGUCGGCCACGUCGCGAUCCUCACACCUCUCACAGCGCCCCGUGUCGAACCGCAUCCCGCGGUUUAUCUCAUCACGAAACAAAGAUACUACGGCAAACCCACACUGGCAACCCUCCGGGCAAGUCUAGUGGACUUGCGCCGCGUCUGUGAGGAAAUGGGGAUCAGCGAGCUCGCGAUGCCGCGGAUCGGGUGUGGGCUGGACGCAUUGCGGUGGGAUGCGGUUGUGUCGAUGUUGAAGGAGGUGUUUCAGGGAACGGAGAUGAGGGUCCAUGUUUUCCACAUCUGAGCGUAAUCUGGGAACACCAGGAGACGUUACGAGGGGGAUGGGCCGUUCGUAGAUGUGCUGCCCAGUUUUCCCCCAACCAUGUCCAACAGUCAUCACAUACAGUACAUCCCGCCCGCCGACGUAUUCACCUCCCUGCUUUCUAUUAUCGAACCACUAUACCACGUUUGUCUUUGUAUCGAUAGCCAAUCUAAUGCAGUAAGGCAGAUAGCGGUUUGUUUCUGACUGAAUUUUUAUUCAAAAUAGGAUAUGAACUACGGGCCAUUCCUUUCAGACAGGUCGCACGACCAUCCCAUCCACUCACUCAUGCGGCGAUGCGCACUAACACUAAGGAACAUUAAACACUAAAAGAGCUACCUCUACUCUAAUCUCUAAAAAGUCCUACCUCAACAACCCUUCCAACCUCACCACCCUAAACCCCCC